CGCUUUUCAUGCACUACAAGUCUGGCGCGUUUUUAAAAUAAUAACGUAAGUCGAACAACAUGUAUUUUAUCCUCGUCACUGGAAGAACGUGGAGUAUAUUCAUGUGACACUUUGUGAGUUACGGGUUUUUGUCCCGCGUUGACUUGUGGAAAUAAUGUUUGUGGCAGCUUUCGUACCUCUUGGACAUGUCUAGAGCAAAGCCGAGCAAGUCUCUGCUUUGAGAGUGGCACCUAGCAAACUAUGCUAGCUUGUCGUUUAACUUUGCAAAUUAGUGUGGCGGUAACAACACACGGCUGUUCACCGCGGCUCACAUUAUGAAGCUUGCCGCUGUUGGUCUUGUACGCGAACCGGAGCGUGAAUAAAAGCAAGAUAUUUCCUGAAGUUGCAGUGCUACAUCUUGGUCUGUUCAAAUUAUGGCUGGAGUUGUGGCUAUGGCAUCUGUCAUUGAGGACUUUGAGACUCAGCCUUGCAAGAAAUCACGCAAAGAUGGUGGCAGUCCUGUUGUCAAGACAAUCACAAAUUACUUCCCACCGGUGCCUAAGGCUAUUGAGAAACCUUUCUCUCCGCCCCGUUCCAACAACAUUAUGGACUACUUCAGCCGGAAGACGCUGCCUUCCAGGGAGAAGACCAGCACACCAGAGCAGUCCAAGGAGAACUGUCAGAAGACUCAGUCUGCAGAAAAACACGGUGCUCGAGAGGCAGCGCUGAAACAGCCUUCUCAGAAACGUGCAAGAAGGGCCAGCAAAGCUGCCAGGAGACUUCAGGAGCUUGAGACCAGUGGCUCUACUGCGGAGGGGAAAUGUCCAGGUGUGAAAGAACCAGAUGGAAGUGGAGACUCAACAGGACAGCCAGUCAGCAGCUGUGGCAUUCUGGGAAGCGAUACAGCUGCUCUGCUGGCUCAGCUCAGUGCUGAUGCUUGUAUAGCUGAUGAAGUCUCAGAGAAGACAGACACUGUGACUGUCUGUGUUGAGCACGCACAAAAAGAUGAGCACCAUGCAGAAGGUUCCAGCUGUGGUGGUGAUGUAAAACUUAAACCAGAAUUAAACUCUAAUGCAUUAUCUCCAGGUGCACCUUUGAAGGAUAAAGUGAGACGGGCUAAACCUGCUGUGAGAAACUCUAAGAAAAUGCAGCCACUGGAGGCAAAGCCUUCAGAGGCAGAGAGGAACGAUGUGGAGAAAUCCUUCAGUGAUGUUAGCAUGGAGGUAAAUGUGGAUGAGUCCUCUCAGAUAAACACCAGCACAAUCACCAUCUCGUUUGAGGAUUUCCUGCAGAGCCAGAACCAAGAGAAGAUGGAAGAGAAUAAAGAUAAGGGAGAGGAGAGUAAAAGUUCAACUGAGGGAGAAAAGAUGGAGACAGACCAAUUGGGUCUUCUGAAAGCGGAGGAAAAGGUGGAUUCUGGGGAGCCAUCCAUUCAAGUGUCACCCCGGACUGUCACCAUCCAGGCUGAAGUGCAUGCAGUCUCACCCAAACAAGAAGCAGUGAAGACUAGUGGAAAGAUGGCCUCCAUCUUUACCAUGAGAAAAGGUACAGUGAGCCCCAAAGAGGUGACACUGUCACAGGUUACACAUCAGCUACCCUCUUCUUCUGUGACAGUCAAGCGGAAAUCCAAUGUGGUUCUCCAGGAGGAAGAUCUAGAGCUUGAUGUGGUGGAGAGUGAAUCCACGCCUAAAUGUAACCAGGCAGAGAGGAAGCAGUUCAUGGCUGCCUUCAAGCAGCCCAGCGUGGACGGGUCGAAAUCCAAGCCUGGUAAGAUCCAGGGCAAGCUGAAGAAAAAUGCAGAGAAGACUUCAGAACCUGGAGACAAGGCAGCUGGAGAGGACGCUAUAGCUGUGCCCUCUGUGGAGCAACUUGAUGCUCCUCCUCCAGAAAACAAGGGAACUAAGAAGAAACCAGCAAGGAAAGGCAGAAAGAAGGUCCAAGAAGAGAAGGAGGCAGUCGUUGCCUCUUCACCAGCUGCUAGUCAGGAAGAACCUGCGGCUGUGAGUAUUGAAGCUGAUGCUAAAGCAGGGGAGCCUACCUCCGCCCCAGCUGUGAGGAGGUCGAAAAGAGAAGUUGCCCUCCGGCAAGCACCUGAAUCUGUGACAGCGACCCCUGUCCGGAAGACGAGGAACCAAGAAAAAUCAACUGAUUUUGCAUUACCCCAGGACAGCCCUCUGCAAAUGUCCACACCAAAAACACACAAGUCCAGAUAUGGAGUGUUCAUGGCAGAAAUAGUCUCUCCAGCUGAUAAGAGAGGAAGUCCAAUCAGGAUGAAAUUGAAGAGAGUCAAUAAAAGUUUGUCAGUGUCUGUGGAUGGAAGUUCUUGUGAAACACACAGUCCUUUUGCUAUUAAGGCAUCAAAUGCCUCUAAGAAAAGGAACCAGGCCAAGAGGUUGGUGGAGAAAGCCAAGGUGAUCCAGCAGGGCAAGAGAACUGCUGUCACCGAGGUUCAGAGCACAUUAAGACGGUCCUCGCGGGCUCAGGCCUCCACCAAGAAGAGCUACUGUGAAGAUGAGGACUCUGUUAUCUGCCUGGAGGACAUCCAGAGUGCCACUUCUCAGACAGUACCAGAGGAGAGUAAAUCCAAGAAACCGAUGCGCAGUCUAAAUGAUGUACUUGGGAAAACCACACCUGCUAACAAAGAGGCCAAGACUCCUCUAGAAAAGACAUCUCGAAGAGCAUCGACAGUGGUGUCCAUCUUCGAUGACAGCAGCCGUGAGGGAUCAGAGAAUUCCCAGGAUGACGAGCAGUUCAGGGCGCGCAGAGAGUUCCUGCGGAGCGGCCUCCCCGAGUCGUUUAGGAAGCAGAUUGCCAAGACUGCUGCCACAAAGGAGGCCUACUCCCUCUCUGGCUCAUCCUUUCAGCCAGUUGUACACAUGCAGCAACCACCACAGGAUUGUCCUCUCUGGAGUUUGCCGUGGCCCGAAUCCUCUUUCCUAAAUCAUCUAAAAGAGCUUUGGUGCCUAACAUCCAACCCACCUCCAUCUCUCAGUGGCUCCUUUUGUUUCAGGACAGAACCAGCCUCAAGAGCCUUCUCUGACAGGGGUUCGGGCUGGAGGCAGGAGUUCUCUGAAUGUGUUCGUCGGCUUCUCGUGGAGGAGGUCAGCGCCUCCAACCCUCCCUUCCCUGUUCAGAAGUUUAUCUCUCGCUUCCUGAAGAGACGCACUGAGCACCUUCAGCAGAGCACAGCCUCAGAACCAGAGGCUGUGACCAAAGUCACUGGCGCCCUGCUGUCAGCCGACCCGGCAGGUGGGAAGAGGAAGAGGAUUGAUGAAGAGGAAUCGACAGUGAAGGUGGCUAAGAAGCAGCGGUCCAACCGGUCAGGCGGUAACGCUUCCACACCUGAGCCUGAGUCGACUAAAAGGGGAGGCCGUGUGAGCCGAGCGACGAGACGCAAGCAGGAGGAAGAAGAGGAACAAGAGAAAGCAAAGUCUUUAGUCCAAACUGCACCCGCCCCUUCUCACGAUGAUUCUGUGAUUGUGCUAGAUGACUCUCCUGUAACAGUCAACGCUGAGAAAUCAGAUUUUGGGAGGGAGGAUGUGCUGUGGACAGACAAGUAUCAGCCCCAGCACUCGAGUGACAUCAUAGGAAACACGGCCUCAGUCAGGAAGCUGCACAGUUGGCUCAAGGAAUGGAAACUCCGCACAGAUCGAGAAGAGAGAAAAAAGCAGAAAGAGAAGAAACAAGGGGAAGGCAGCAAUGACUCUGACUGGGACUGCGGAGAGGAAGACUCUCAGGAUGGAGAUGACAUGCUGUGUAAUACGCUGCUCAUCACCGGACCCACUGGAGUGGGAAAAACUGCUGCUGUCUAUGCCUGUGCUCAGGAGCUAGGCUUCAAGGUAUUUGAGGUGAACGCCUCCUCCCUGCGGAGUGGCCGUCUGAUCCUGUCCCAGCUCAAGGAGGCCACCCAGUCCCACCAGGUGGACAUUCAGGGGGUCAACGCCCACAAACCCACCUACUUCAACAGCUACGGCAGCAGCAGUGCUGGUGCUGUCAGACCUGGAUCCUCGCCCAGAAAGAUUAAUUCUCCUCGCAGGGUGGUGUCCUCUCCCAGGAAACAUCCCCAGUCACCAAGAGGUGCUAAAAGAGGGUGCCUCGCCCCCACCUCCUUAGCUAACUUCUUCAAAAUGGGACGACCCACGAACAAGGAGCAUUCCAACGCUGAUAAAACUCAACCAACAGCUGCUCCCAAGAAAACAGUUAAACCAAAAGAGGCUGCAGCCAAAAUCUCACAAACCUCAACCACCAUGCCCAAAGAGGCCUCCAGUGAAGAACAGAGCAAGAAGACAGCCACCUCACUCAUCCUUUUUGAGGAAGUGGAUGUUAUUUUUGAUGAUGACUCAGGGUUUCUGGCCGCCAUCAAGACCUUCAUGACCACCACCAAGAGACCAGUCAUCCUCACCACUAGCGACCCUGCUUUCAGCACGAUGUUUGACGGCAACUUCGAAGAAAUACAUUUUAAAACACCCUCGGUGUUGGAUUUGGGCAGCUACCUGCGGUUGUUGUGUCUGGCUGAGGACAUGAGGACAGACCCUCGGGAUGUCAGCACUCUGCUCGGUCUGAAUGGCUGCGACAUCAGGCAGAGCCUUCUGCAGCUGCAGUUCUGGACUCGUGGUGGUGGGGGUCGCCGCCAAACCAGGCCAAUAACAAACUCGGACAGUAACGCCGGCCUGAAGCCAGAGACUCCUGGAGAGCCAGUGGACCUAUCUGUGUGUGAAGUGACCGUCACACCCACUCUACCUCCUGUCGACACGAGCUGCACUGAGAGCAUGCUGGGUCUGCUGAACAUCCAGCCUGAGAGAGACAUUUUGGAGCUGCUCAGGAAGCAGGGUCCACUGAAGGAGGCAGUAUGCUGGGAACUCUUAAAAGACAUCAGGCGAAGGGGAGUGGACCUACUGCACUCCAACAUGGAGACCCUCCUACCUCUACCUCUCACACAGUUGACUCUGUCUACCCACAGACCACAGCAGUCUCUCUCUGUAUCACAAGACCAGGCAUGCACCGAUCCAAAAGAGCUGCCCUCCACCGGGUCACAGCCUGACGUCCUGCCAUCCCAUGCCCAGCUACUGCAUGUGGCGGAGUUGGCUGAGGGUUCGGAUGACGGAAGUCCAGUGAAAAUUUCUAAAAGUAUGAAGAAGCACAAGAGGCAGCACCGUCUACCUGAUCAGGGCCAUCUACAUUCUGACUCAGACUCAGAGGAGAGCUUCCUCUCUCUCCGUAAACCGCAGAACGCUGCUGAGGCAACGACAGAGGUCAAAGACUGUCCAGUUCAAGAUGGGAAGAUGGCAGCUGCCCUGGCUCAUGUGAAGGUGAAGAGGGAACCUCUGAACCCUGAGCAGCGCAUGAAGAGCCUCCCAGUGUCCUGCUGCCUAGAAUCUCUGGCUGGCUUUCUCGACAACAUGUCCUACCUAGACUCCUCACUGUCUUUCCCUCCAUCACCUCAGGGGGGCGACAAGCACAGGAAGAUGUUCAGCUUCCCACUGUGCGCUGCAGUGAAAGACGGGAUGACUGAUGAGCCAAGGGUGGAGUUUGACAGAUCAAGCUGGGCAGGGGGAGAGCAGGUGUUGGAGAUCCAGGCCACUGUGGAGGCGCUCAGCUUCCACGGGUGCAGGGAUGCAGUGGUGGAGGCCUGGGACAAAGCCCAGGCACUAGAGGGAGAGCUGGGAAAAGAGGCUAUAGCGGAGCUCACCCUGCCUGUUGCCCCACACAGAGAAGGCUUCAGCCUCAUGCAGGACAGCCCCUGUCAACCAAAGCGGGUCCAACAGAGGCGUGAGGUGAUGGAGAACUUGCUGUUCAGAGGAGUGUUUGGCACUCUGGGCAACAGGCCAGCAGCUGCACAGGACUAUCUACCUGCCCUGCGCAUCAUCUGCAAGUCAGAGCAGCUCAAGGAGCAGGGCAAGAUUAAAAGAAGGUUCCUACACUACCUCGAUGCGAUCCACCUGGGUCUUGACAGGAGCACUCUGCAACACCUAGCUGAGGACUUUCCCUAAACUACUACAGCAUUUGUCCUCAGGAUCACUCAGGCCUUAACCAAGAUUUGUCCUUUGAGUGUCCACCAGCCUGGGCAGUCACCCAUCAUAAAACUGGAACAAAGAACCGUGUCUAAGAGCAUGUUGUGGAUGCAAAGACGGACAUUUUAGUGACACCAUGUAUCACUGUUGGCAAUACUCUGCUUCUUGUGAUCCUGGUGAUGAAUUUGUGAGCUCAAUCAGUAGCUAAACAGGUGUGUGUGCACGCAAGGGCUCACUGCAGAGGAGACUCCAGUCAAUUGUACAUGUAUUUCUUCCAAAAUGUUCAUAAAUGCAUCACAGAGUACAAGUUUUUGAAAUGUUUGUUGGUUAAUUGUUAAAAGCUACAGCACAUCUUUCUGGUGCUUUCAAAGAAUGCACUAAUUACUACUAUCUAUAUCCAUUUGUAAUAUAAAAUGUAUUGGUGUGUGACUUAGUUUGUUGUAAAAUAGAGUUUUAUGCUUAUUGGAGUUUUUAGCCCUGUUUUAUAAGUUUGCUCAGUCAUGGAAGUACUGAUCAUAUUAACACUUUACUACGACUUUAUCUGUAUCUGUAUGUGUUUGAUGUCACUCUCACUCAGGAUCAUGGUUCCUAGUGUUCAAAUAAACUCAACACAACGCAGGCAGCUUUAGCCAUGAAUCUCUGAAGUUUGUCCGCCCAAAAUGUUAUUUUCACAUUGAUCACAACGUUUUUGUUUUUGUUUUUGUUUUGGGUUUUUUUUGUUAGAUUUUGUCAUUUCUGUAAAUAUUUACACAUUAUUCACACUGUAAUUUUUUGCCAAAAUAAAGGUUUAUUACCAAUGCAAA